UGAGGUGAAAACAGUCUGUCAAUAAUCGCGAUAAUGACAACAUCGAGAACGAGCCGCGUCUUCAAUGGACUGUUGUUCCUAUUUCUAAUAAUAUUUGCAACUAGUGCAAAAUCGGAAAGUGUGGAUACGCGAAUUCUUAAUGAAAUCCUCAGCUAUAUGAACGAAACAAUUCCGGCGUGCGAUGAUUACUAUGGAUACGCGUGUGGCAAGUGGGCCAAGGUGCAUGAGAAUGACAGUUACAUCGAGAUAACUGGCAAAAUCGAUCACGCUGUAAAUCAAAAUCUUGUUCUGCUCAUAAAUGAGCUGGCACAGCGAUCGGUGAAUCAACUCAGUGCAGUCGAGAGCAAAGUCUUGAAAUUCUACCAAAGUUGUCGCCAGACAAAGACGAGUUCACUAAACUCCAAAAAUUAUCUGCGACUGGUGCCGCCCAACAAUCAGAUUCCAUGGCCACAGUUUAAAGCUAAAUCUCAUCCGUGGGGCAGACAAAAGUUCCAAUGGAUGGAGACACUGGCACGUUUGCGGCGAUACGGAUUGUCGAAUGUGUUCUUUAAACUGGACGUCAACCAGGACAUUUUGAACAGCAGCAAGUACAUAAUCGACAUUGAUGUACCCAGCUUUCAGGAGAAGAACGAGCGUCUACAAUCGUCUACAAUAACCAAGUUGAUGCUGCUGUUGCUGGGUGUGGAGAGAAGAAAGGCGUUAAACCUGGCGGGCAAGGUGAAGAGCUUGGAGUUAUCUGUGCGCACCUUGGCCGAAAGAUUGUCCGAGGGCGACUCGGUAGACGUAACUUUGCGACGACUCGAUCAGAGGACGCGGGGCAAAUGGCGAAACUAUGUGAAUAUUGUGUGCAACCAGACCGUACCCUCCAACUAUAAAGUGCAAGUUGAUAACAUGGACUAUCUCGUCGGUCUGAUUGAGUUUCUUCAACACGAAGACCCUGAGGUGAUUGCCACAUACAUAAUGCUACGCUUUGCAUCACAUGUUAUCGAGGAGGCUAUGGACAUUGACGAUGAGAUUUCCUGUAUCCAGGAUGUUCGUCGCAACAUGGAGUUGGCCGUAAGUCUGCUGUACGAGCAGCGAUUCAUUAGUGCCGAUAAGAUGCGACAGCACAAGGACGAUCUACUGCUGCUCUUUGAACAGCUGCGCAAACAAUUUCUGCUCGAGCUCGAUGGCAAUCGGCUGCGCCUGACGCGCAAUCAAUUGAGACAUCUGCAAACUAAAGCGAGGAGGAUGUGGAUUAAAUUUGGCAACAUGCCGCAAGACGUAAAUCGAACCAAGUUUGUUGAAGAGUUCUAUGCGGAUCUGAACUUUUCCGAUGGCGACAAUUACGCGCAAUGUCACCUGAAGCUGUUGGAGUUCCGCACAAGUCGCUGGUUUGGUCAGCUACACAAGCCAGCUUUGAACGCCAGCAGUUACUUUCUGAUGACCGACUCGGAUACGGCAAUGAGUUCCACGCCGUACUACUUGCUGCGCCAAAAUCUGAUCAUUGUGCCAUAUGGCAUAAUGCAGGAACCGAUUUUCCAUAGCGAGGCUCACGAUGUCUUCAAAAUGAGUUUGCUAGGCUUCAUGCUCGCCCAUGAGUUAAUGCACGGCUUUGUUACCGGUGGCAUUCAUUUUGAUUUCCAAGGCAAUGGCUACGAAUUGGGUGCAGAUAUAAUGGAGAAGAGGCUUUACAAAGUAGCCGAGGACUGCAUGAAUAGCAACGAAACAGCUUAUCUGGACGAACGUGAAGCCGAUAUCACAGGCAUUCGUCUAGCCUACGAUGCUUACUUCGCUGACGAUUCUCCUUUCAACCGGACGCAGCCUGAGUUUACGAGUCGACCACUGAUCCAGCUGUUCUUCCUGAAUUUGGCACAAUUCUUCUGCGGCGAUGGAACCUCUUCGGAGUUUGUGGAUCACGAUGCAGAUGAGUUGCGCCUCCGGCAGGUGAUGAUCAACUUUCCAGCCUUCGCACACGCCCACAAUUGUCGCCAGGAUGUGGACCAAAUGCAUCCCGCUAAAAAGUGCCGGAUGUGGUAAUGUUGAGUGUGUGUUUUAAGCUUAUAUUGAACAAUAAACAAUCUAUUGCUGUGCUUAAUAAUAAUUGAAAAUGUCA